AAUGGCAACAAUCCAACACUGUCAUCAGUCUUUGCCCUCAGAAACACAAUCCUUCUGAACUCUUAAGAAGAGCACACUUUUUUCAGCUGGUUACUUCCCUUCUUCAUUUCUUACAUCUGCCAAGUAUAAUCAAAAGGGUAAAUCUGAAUGGUUGUUUUUGCUCUAAGUUUCUGUCAAAGCUCACUUUUUUGCAAGCCAUCAUUUCAGAUCAGGUGCUGCUCACAGUCUCAGAAUAAAGCAGGCACAUCCCAUACUCAAACAAAGAAAAAGUGUUUGAGAUGCAACACCCUUUACUCAGAUCAAGAUAAUUCUCCUCUUUCUUGCUCCUUCCACGGCCACACCAAUGGAGAUAAAGGUCUAUUUUCAUUGGCUCCACCACACCAAGGAAUUGAUGGGGAUUGGAGUGAAAAAUCUGGAGUAAUUGUGUAUAAAUGGAAUGAGAAGAAUAACAGACCAAACACUGGGCGUGUCAAUUGGAAGAAAAGAUGGAGUUGUUGUGCAGAGUAUGAUGAGAAUGCUCCACCUUGUAGACGUGGCUGCCAUGUUUCCUAUGAUGAUGGUUUCACCUUGUACUAGCUACUACGUACACUUCUAAUUUUAACUGAUACAUCUUUUUUGUUUUACUAAAAUUCUUGUUUUGAUUCCUAUCAGACAUGGCCAAUACCAGUAAUUAUAGGUAACCCUUUUCUUGGCAGCACUCAA